ACUAAUCUCCACCAUAUAAAUAAUACGCUCUCUCCUUCUAACAGCUUCUUCUUCAUCCGAGCUGCAUAAUAGUCAGUUGCUAAAUUCCAAUUACACCAUUCCAUCGAAACUCAAAUCCCGGAAUUCGAAUUCUCCGCAAAUUAUACGGAAAUUAUUGAAUAAUUGUUGAAUUUUAGAUUUAUCUAGGGUUUUUGAUAGGCUCAACAAUGGGUGAAUUGAAAAUGGAGGACAUGCCUCUUCCAGCUCUGUUCGAGAAAGCUAGGAAGAUUCACCUAACCGCUACAGAGUCCGGUGCUGAUCAGGACACGAUACGGAAAGGAUGCGAAGCACUUGAGAAAUGUGAGGAAAUGAUAAGUAAGCUUGGGUUGUUCUCAGCAAAUGAAACCAAAGAUGAUAUUAGCACUACAAAUCUUAAAUAUAUUCUGGUUCCAUAUUACCUUGCUGAGCUUAUGGAAAAAGUCGUACAGGAUGAUAGGAUACAAAUUCUUAAGGCUUCCCAAUCAAAGUUAAAGGAAUUUCUUUCUUUUUGCGAGUCAAUGGAACUUGUACCAGAAGAAGAGUUGCUGGCUUCUUCUCAAGGGGGUUCAAAUACUUUUGCAGAAAGAAGGGCCCAAAAGAUUGCUCGGUUCAAUCGCCAAAGGGCUGCUCAGGCAAAGCUGCUGGAAAUAAAAGAACGGAAAGAGCGUCGUGGUCGUUCAAGUAGGGCAACUGCCUUGUCAACUCCAGUUGAGGCCGGAGAAGAAGAUGUGUUGGACGAUGAUGGAGAAGAAGAGCGGGAGGCUUGGCUUACCACCAUCUCACUGGCAAUCUGUAAGGCAUUCGAUCUGCUUGAAAUGUUAAAGAAGGAAGAUGAAAUGCUUUCUGCUGUAAAGGAAAGACAACUGAAGGAAGGGGACAAGGAUUUUUCUCAAGCUAUACUUGAUGAACGAAUGAAGAAAGCAGAAGAUUGGCAUCGCAAUGCUGCUGUUCGAGCUCAAUAUACCAAGCCAGCACCACCUAUCACAUGUGCUACUUUUGCUCAAGAUGUUCUAGAAGGGAGAGCAAAUGUCUCACAGGCACAUGAUCACAAGCACCAGCCGAUGAUAUUUGGACCAGCAAGUCUUAUUGGUGGAAGUCUAACAAGUGAGAGGGAAAGGAUGGCAGCACAAGUCUUCCAACCUAGUUACAGGUUGCCAACCAUGAGUAUAGAAGAAGCAGGAUUAAAGGAAAUGGAGAUUAUGAAUAAAUGGCAAGAGAGAAAUGCAAAACUCAUGGCAGAAGCCAACUCUGCAUGGUACAAGGAUGAUCAGAAGUUAAAACCAAGCGAGGAAGAUGAUGAAGAUGAUGAUGCUGCUGUAGAAAAGGCAAGGGCAUGGGAUGACUGGAAAGAUGACCAUCCUCGAGGUGCUGGCAAUAAGAAGCUCACUCCAUGUGGUUAAUGUGGCAGGGUUGUUUUGUCUCGCAGUUGUAUUCUCCAAACAGGGUUGGGACUCUAUUUUUUGUUUUUGCUAGCAUUCUUUUAAAUUCUCUCUUCAUGGAUAUUAUUUCUACAAAAUUUUGGUUCAGUGUCCUCUUUUCUAGUGUUUUUGUUGUGUUAUAUUUAGGAAGUUGAUCGUGCACAUAUUGUUGCAUAUACACAAGAUUUCAACUGUUAGAUUAGCACUGUUCAUUGGAUACAAUGUUCAAUAUCUAUUUGCAUACACUAGGACGUGUGUGGAACCAUUUCUGUAUAAUAUUUUUAUAUCUAUAGUUUGCCGAAACUUGACAUGGGUCCAACGGGCUUUGGCGGUUCUGAUA